AUGUCUCACCAUCACGACGACCCUCCUAAAUCCAAUUGGACGCAGAAAUUCCUCAGCGCCAGCAGCGUCGUUGUCCAUCAUGUUCGCAAACACGUCGGAGUUGGGCUGGUCUGUUCCAUCGCAUACUUUGAUCCAGGAAAUUGGGGAGUUGACCUACAGGCCGGGUCGACGUACGGCUAUCGUUUACUUUUCGUCGUGUUAGUAGCAGGGUUGAUAGCGGUUAUUCUGCAGGUUCUCGCAACUAGACUUGGUUGUGUAACCGGUUUAGGCGAGUUGACUCGCUGUCCAUUAUCUUUUCAUUCUGGACACAUCUCACUAUUUUUUCACAUAGACCUUGCAUCGCACUGCCGCUUACUUUUACAUUCGCACCCCAAAUACCCCCGACUAGUACGGUGGAUUGCGCUCUAUCCUCUAUACGUCCUUGCAGAAGUUGCCAUCAUCUCAACUGAUCUCGCAGAACUACUUGGUUCCGCCAUGGCGCUCUGUAUGCUAUUCCCAAAACUCCAAUUAUGGCAAGGUGUCCUCAUCACGGCGGGUGAUGUUAUUUUCCUUCUCGCAUUGAAAGACCCCCUACGUGGUCGUCCGGUACGGGCGUUCGAACUAGCAAUGGCCUUUUUGGUGUUAGCAGUUUUAACAUGCAUGUGUAUCAUUAUCUCUCGGGUCCAUGUUGAAUGGAACCACGCAUUCCAAGGAUACUUACCAUCCAAAUACAUUUUUCCCAACGGCGCGUUUUACACUUCUGUCGGUAUUCUCGGCGCAACGGUAAUGCCCCACAGCCUAUUUCUUGGCUCAGCUCUUGCCACACAGGACAGGGACUCAUCCACAAAAUCACAAUACCCCUCCCGUUCAAUCGAUUCGAGCAUAUCUUCAACAUCCACCGUUUUCUCGGCUCGCGAUUCCCCUGAAACUAGUGCCCCUAAGGAAACGCCCGAGGGUGGCUUGCGAACGCGCGGCAAAUCUCACACCUCUAUAUCGCGCAUUAUUCAACCGUUCCGGUUGAUACUUGCACAAGUGUUCCGGACGCACCCUGAAACCACGUACGGGGCGAAAUACCACAUUAAGCGACAUGAGGACUGGGAGAAUAACAGCUUCGAUUUCGUGAAAAGACAUCUGUACCAUGGAAUCGUGGAUAUGACUGGGAGUUUGCUGGGGUUUGCCGUGGUCAUUAAUAGCAUGAUUCUCAUUCUGUCCAGUGCGGUUUUUUUCUCUGGAAAUGGAUCAGGCCAAACCCAGCGCGCGGCGGGGCUAUUUGAUGCUUACGAUUUGAUUAGGAGUGCUGUCGGGCGAAGUGCUGCUACACUAUUUGCCAUUGCCCUUCUAGCCGCUGGACAGAGUUCAUCUCUGAUUGCUACCAUCGCAGGUCAAGCUGUAGCUGAAGGCUUUUUGAGAUGGAGAGUUUCGCCAAUCAUCCGUCGACUCUUCACACGAAUAAUCGCUAUUAUACCUUCCAUGGCCGUUGCAAUCGCUUUCGGGCGGCCAGGUAUAAAUGCUCUACUCGUGAUCUCGCAAGUCAUCCUAUCGAUUGUUCUCCCAUUCAUCACUUUACCUCUGCUUUAUCUCACAUCGUCGAAGAAAUUUAUGAGCGUGGAACGUCCUUGUAGCUGUUGUCCCACCAAUUCUUCCCCCGAAAUGAUCCCUGCUGACUUGGAACGAGUACCUAGCCAUCCCCACGAGUUCAGCGGUAAUUCGGAUGCUCCCUGUCAUGAUCUUGAGGAAGGGUAUCAUUCUGAUCCUUCUAUUGAAGACUCUGAUAAAUCAUCCCAUCCAAUUGCACCUUCAUCUGACCUCUGCUGGAUUGCAUCCAAUACUACAAAAAGUUGCGAAAUCGUAGUUAAUGCUACUGCGAAUGUAGACACGUCCGCAGUGGUGAUAGAAGCGCACCGCUGCCAUGGAACACAAAUAGACUACAGCAACAACAUGUUCAUCACCUUCCUGCUUUGCGGUGUGUGGAUAGUGAUUGCAGCUGCCAAUGUUUACGCCAUUGUGGCACUUGCUAUGGGACAGAGCUCAUAA